AUGGACGCGGCGUCACCCGGGCAGCCAACCAGUGAAGAAACGAAAAGUAAAGUGCCCUGCCAAUUGGAUGUUCCUUACGGAUCAUCGGAAGGUCAACGAGCUGAUAUCUUUGGAGGAGAUUCACUUCCAAAGGGAGCUCCAAUUCUGGUUUACAUACAUGGAGGCUACUGGCAAGCAUUAAACCGCCAAAUAUCAAGCUACUGCGUACAACCUUUGUAUAAUGCCGGAGUAAGAGUAGUUGUAUUGGGAUACGAUCUUGCACCUGCAGUUAAAUUGGGCGAUAUUGUGGAAGAAAUUAAUUCAUCAGGAAAGUUUAUAUUGGAACUGGCAGAGAAGUAUAGUUCUAAAGAAAUCAUUUUAGUUGGCCACUGCGCUGGAGCCACCCUUAUUCUCACUUUGUUAACUUCAAAGUGGUUUCGUUCUCUACCAGUGGAAAAACAAAAGUUAUUUACUUCUGUGGUAUUGAUAAGCGGUCUAUACGAUUUAGCUCCUUUGGUUUACACGAAGCAUAAUGCUGCCCUUCAGCUUACUCAAGAAGAAAUCAGCUCGCAUAGCCCCUUGCAUCAUCUCGACCUUCUUCCAACAGUUUCAAUGGAAUCGCUCCACUUCCUCACUGUUUUAGCAGAACACGAUUCGCCAGAAUUUUUUAAACAAACUGAAACGUUAUUAAAGGCUCUAAAAGAAAAAGGCAGUAAGAAAAAUGAAUUGCUUGUUGUAAAUGGAGUUGAUCAUUUUGAUGAAGUUGAAAAGCUUGAAGAUGAGAAUUACUCACUCACCAGAAGAAUAACUAAACUUUUCAAGAGCAAUAUCUAAAUGUUAUGUGUAUUUCUCAUCAAUUUCCAGAAUUUGAGUUUGGCUAAAAUAUAAAUUUUGAAGUAAAAAAUUUUAUUUUAUACCUUUUUAUAUCAUCAUCUUAGACUUCAUCAUCUUAGACAUCUUAUACUUA